UUUUGGCUGCGAUGCGAAGAGGACAACGACUCUCAAGGGCCAUCGGUCAGAGAAUAAUGUCGAGAACGAGCGUGCGUAUGUGCAAUCAGGCCGGUCUGGUGCAUCGUGAAUGAUCACAGAUCCGAGUCGAAAGGAUGUGUGCAUGGCAACCUCUGCCCGCGCGAUUCCGCCCACAAGAACGUCGAGAGGGAGCUCGCACGACCACACAGACUCCCACGUCCUUGACACAAAUGUCAGGAUCUCUUCGGCGGCGACAUGGUCUGUUGCUGAUGCGCUGACGCUGAUCAAUUUCGAACGCGUAUUGGCUCUUCCUCAACGUCGAGCAAGGUCAAUCUGAGUGGUGAAUGGGUGAGAAGCAAGCCAUGCAGGCUGCUCACUGUAUGCGCUGCUGCUGCUGGGGAGUCGUGGUGGUGUCGGAGUUCUAGGCUCUGGUGCAGGGCGAAAGUGUCACCGCUGUGCGAUCGAUGGGCUCAUGCACCCGCUGGUGCCAGCAUGCAUGACAAGCGCAACUCGCAUAGAUCUGCUGUCAGCCACACAAAAGGAGCUCAGCUACAGUGUGAGUACUGUAUAUGGCUGUAAAGCAGGUGACG